AGGGACCAGGAAAUGAAUGUUUUGUGUGUGUGUGUGUGUGUUUAGCGGCUAAUGCCAGUGCCAGGAAUGUCGACACACUCGCUCACUAAUGGCAGAAUGAAGACUUUGUAUUUUUCCUGCAAGGGGGAGGGGCUAAUUUAGAGGACAACCAUGUGACCUCCAGAAUCAGUAGUCAAAGUUGUCACUAAUGAUGUGUCCUCUCACUACAUCUGCCCUUGACAGACUGGUGAUGUGUUCAAGGAACCCGUACAUACUGUAGUCGUACAUGGUUCUAAUGGUUCUAUCGUGUUGCUGUUCUAUUGACCCACCCAAUCAACCCGUAGACGCCCAAUUCGACUUUGACCUUCGAGUGGGCCCUCCCACUUUCAAUUGCGACAUGUCCGACAGCCCUUAAACGCAGCACAGUGCAGGGUUCACUCGCGUUUAACCGCUGAGGGAACCGAGCCUAAUCGAGCAAUCAUAUGAUGACUUCUGAUGACACUUUGAGCCGCUUUUAGCCGACAACAUGACUCGCAGCGGUUCCUCCACCCCUCUUGCCCCUCCCCCCGCACCACCAUGCCCAUCCUCAAGAACCUGCCGGUGCGCCUGAAGGGUGGCGGUCCGACCCUCGACAACGCCCUGUUCAUACGCAGGAUGAGCCUCAACAUCAACCCCCACCACCACAACCCCUUCGACCACGACGACGAUGAUGACGGCGGCCAUGGCAACCACUGGUCGCCGGGCGGCUCUUUCCUGGACGGCAACGUUCCCGGGGACCGCAACCCGUUUGAGGAUGAGGAAGACGAGAACGAGGCCAAUGAGGGCAAGAAAGGCAAAGGCGGCUCGAGGAAAGGCUCCUUCAAAAUCAAGUCCCCCCUGAAGAGUUUGGGAAAGUUGGGAAAGAACCUGAGGAUGUCGGCGCGCAGCAAAGACAGCACCGCAUCCUCGCCGCAGGGGUCACUGCAGGGGACGCCGUCGCCCGGGGAGAAGAAGAAGCGAGGCAGGAGGAGCUCCGAGGGAAGUCUGCUCAGGUUUGCAGGGAAAUACCGUGAGACACUCAGCUUUCGUACCAACGGUGAGCUCAACUGUGCAGAGAGCGAGUGUGACUCCACCAGCCGCCGCGUGUCAUUCAUGAAGAUGGUGGGCUUGGGGAAGACGAAGAAGGAGUCCGGAGCUGACCACUCCUCGCAGAGCCCCGAGGAGCCGCUGGCACCCAAGGAGCCGGUAGAGGAGGUCAAGCCCAGGGAGCCCCUGUCAGUCUUGGAGAUCCUGCAGCUGGUCAAGAAGCGGGACCUCCUCUUGGCCGACACUCACAUCUUGGAACUGGAGCAGGAAUGUAACGGGCCAGAUGGCGGGACGCAGCCGGAGGACGUGGGCAGCCCGAGCGUCAAAGACGGCGGCCGCAGGAAGGCGAAGGACGUGGAGCUGCUGUAUGAAGAGCUGCAGAAGGAGCUGUGGGCCGUUGUGAGGGAAUCCCUGCGGUCGCCCACCGCCGGUCCCAACUUGGGUCUGGUGGUUCAGGUGCUGCAGCAGGAAGAGCAGGCUGACCUGGACCGGGCCUGCGGCGAGUCGGCGUUGGGGGUACCGGGUGGGUCCAGACCACGGCAGCUGAAACGGCGCUGGAAGGCGGCAGUGGAGGACGCCGCCGACAGUUCGCUGCCUCAGAAGACAGAAUUUACAGCCGGGGAGCUGGGGGGGUAUCUGGACCGCAUCCGAGCCCGUGUGGUGGAGGACUUGGGUGCCGCCAAGAGGAAUGUGGUGUCAAUAUACCCCGAGGAGUACCACGCCUUGCAGGUGUACAUGCAGAGCUACCAUCAGGCGGUUGCUAGGCGACUACAGGCCAUCACUGACCAACAGCUAGAAAUCACUGACAUUUACUCUCUGCUAGACUGGCUGCACAACAUCUACAACAGGGACGUUUUGGCGAAGUUGUGCGUCACGGAUCCUUUGAGUGGCUCUCUGCUCAAACCUCUGCUGCCUUCAGAGACGCUGGACAGACUGGAACAGGACUGCCUCAACUCUGUCAGGGCUAAGGUGACCACCGAGCUGAGUCAGGUGCUGGACGACGAGGAGAAGAGGUGGUUUGAGACACUGCACGUUGAGGAGUAUCACAUCACUCUGGCCAAGACCAUCAUACAGAGGCUUCAGGUUGAUCUGGAACGUUCCGCCUCCAUCAACAGGAGCUUGGGUUCCAGAGUGGCUCAGUGCAGCCUCAACGGCCUGGCGGACUUCCUUUACAGCUUCCAGCGUAAAGUGGAGCUGUUCCAUGAAGGUAUGCAAAGUGGAAUGUUUGGAGAUCACGAGGAUGGAUACGUGUCCAGAACCAUCGCGCUGGUCAACUGCUGCCCCCCCUUCAGAGGUUUUGUGCAGCGGUGUGCCCAGUGCGAGCUGGCGGCCAGCGAGGACUCUCUGAAGCGGGCCAACAAAGCUCUAGACCACAUUGUCCAACAGGGGGUCCGAGUCCUGUCUGAGCGCCUGUUUCUGCACAUCCGGCCUUUCUUCGAGCGUCUGGUGAAGAGGAAGUGGCUGAGCAACACGGAGCCGUACGAGCAGAUUGAAGCUGUGAUUAAAGAACACUUCAAGAAAUAUCACAGGAUGGACAAUCCACCAUACCAGCUCCUGGUGGCGGAGGUCCAUCGUCGCGUGGUGAUGGAAUAUCUUCGCUCGGUCAUGCGAGGACGAAUCAUUUGCACGUCGCUAAAAAUGAGGAAGAGGAUGGCCGGCCGCCUCAGAGACGAAGGCAGAGACAUAAAAGUCCUCUUCAAGGACCUGGAGUCUCCAUCAAGCUGGCUGGACGGCGCUCUGUCUCACAUCUCGGAGGUGAUCCAGCUGGAGGACGUCCCAUCCAUCCAGAUGGAGGUGGGAGUGCUGGUGCAAGAGUUUCCUGACGUCAGAAAGAAGCACGUGUCUGCCAUUUUGAACAUCCGGGGCAUGACCCGGCAGCGGGAGCGCCAGGAGAUCCUCAACAUUGUCAAGGACAUCGAGAGCAGUGACGGCGGCGGUCCGGCCCGGCUGUCCAGGGACCGUGCCCUCUUCUCCGAGGUUCCGGUCACUUCUGAGGUCCACUGCCUGAACGUGGGCCUGAGUCGCAUUGCCCUCACCGCCUCUUCGUGCUUCGCCACGCUGCGGCCGCGCAGACGCAAAGCCCGCACGUCAGCCCACGAGAACCCGGAGGAUGUUCUCUAAAGCGUCUGGAAGCGUUUGGGACCAGCAGGACUCGACUGAGGCCUGUUAGCUUACUACUGUUCAUGUAAACAUGACAAGACUAAAAAACUCACUCCUAAAAUGAUUUAGAGAGAUGGCCUCAUGUGAAUGACCUUCUGUUCAAUGGGUGGGGAACCGUGGGCCAUGUGGGGCCAGUGAGCAACUUUGAUCGGGCCCACCAUGCUCUUCUACUAAAUAAUAAACAUUACUUUGAUCAGAUGUUUUCUUAAAUUUAGUAUGGUCCUCUGAGGGCUUCAUCAAAGGUUCCCCACCCAUGUUCUACUGGUUCUGGAUGACUUUAACAGAACCAUAGCUGACAGCUUCUCACUCUGCAUAGGCUAAUUGUAUGCUAAUUGGCUGUAUCUAAUGGAUCCAGUUCUAAAGGAUUGUCCAGUUGGUGAAGAUAUUCUGUCACGUGACCUGCAUUUCCGAUGGUGGCCACUAGACUAAAGCUUCCCGAUGUUUGCUUCCUUCAGUUUGGACAUUUUUUCACUGCAGUGACUGUGGAAGCACUUUAAGCCAGGAUCCAAAUGGGAAGGUGGGAAUGCGGCGCUGACACCAUAUGGCUGAAGACCAACGGGAUGCUUCUUUGUUAUGAUAUGUUGCACAUGAAGAAAGAAAAAGUAGAACUAUAAAUCACGGUACUAGACGACCAUGUGACCAGUCUGAUUGUAUUUAAAACAAUGAUGGUGUUGGUGUUCAAAUAGAUUGAUCAUGUUUUGGUGGUAAUUGAUCAGGGUUUGAAUGCGGGAGAAAAAAAAAUACUAAUUGACUCACUAUGAUACAACUAAACACUAUUACUGUGCAAUCAGCCAUCCUCAGAUUUUUUUUUAACAUUUACAAAACUAGCAUUUGAAGAAUCACCAACAGGAAACACAUUCUGACUCGCUGGCUGAAUAAUUGGAACAUUUCUUUGAAAAAUAUAAUUUAAAAAAAAUCUCCUCAGCAUAGGCACUUUCCAGAAUAAAACCCAGAUGAAAGUUGACUCACAUCAGAUCAGAUUUGUAAUUCACGACAAUAAAACAAAUUGUGUCUAUAACAAA